CCUUUAUUUAUAUAGCGCUUUAAACAAAAUACAUUGCGUCAAAGCAACUGAACAACAUUCAUUAGGAAAACAGUGUGUCAAUAAUGCAAAAUGAUGAUAAUGCAAUCAAUUCAUCAUUGAAUUCAGUGAUGUCAUCUCUGUUCAGUUAAAUAGUGUCUGUGCAUUUAUUUGCAAUCAAGUCAAGGAUAUCGCUGUAGAUGAAGUGACCCCAACUAAGCAAGCCAGAGGCGACAGCGGUAAGGAACCAAAACUCCAUCGGUGACAGAAUGGAGAAAAAAACCUUGGGAGAAACCAGGCUCAGUUGGGGGGCCAGUUCUCCUCUGACCAGAUGAAACCAGUAGUUCAAUUUCAGGCUGCAGCAAAGUCAGAUUGUGCAGAAGAAUCAUCUGUUUCCUGUGGUCUUGUCCUGGUGCUCCUCUGAGACAAGGUCUUUACAGGGGAUCUGUAUCUGGGGCUCUAGUUGUCCUGGUCUCCGCUGUCUUUCAGGGAUGUAGAGGUACUUUCUAGGUGUUGAUCCACCAUCUGGUCUGGAUACGUACUGGAUCCGGGUGACUGCAGUGACCCUCUGAUCUGGAUACAGACUGGAUCUGGUGGCCACGGUGACCUCGGAAUAAGAAAGAAACAGACAAAUAUUAGCGUAGAUGCAAUUCUUCUAAUGAUGUAGCAAGUACAUAGAGUGUUAUGGGAAGUGUUUCCGGUUUACCUAAUUAAUGUAUCCUAAAAAUCCUUUAACGGAUUUGGAUAUUAAAAGCAUAUUAGUAUGUUAUGUGUAAGCCAGGUUAAAUGAAAAAAAGGUUAAAAAAAGAUGUGGGAACAAGUCAAGCAUGGGGUGUGCCACAUCUAGGAUACCACAUUGUGCACUUUUGGGGAAGAAGAGUGUGUGUGUUUGUGGGCUGGCUUCAUGGCAUUGACUGGACUAAAGAAACCACUCAUCCAGUCUAUUCCAUACUAGUUCAGUGGGAGGGGACCAUUCCAGCUUGAGCUUCUCCACCGCCUUAGAUAUGAUGCGCAGCAGAUCCUGAUCUGCGUGACUAGGUUUGUAAAUCUCACUGUGAUGAGAGUCAAAGUCAUCCAUGUGGCUGGCUAACCAAUCUUCCAGAUCUGAAGCCGUGGAGGACAUGGCAUCAUCACAGUCUUUCUUAGGCAUGCCAAGAAAUCCACCGGAGAGAGUUGAUCUGGAGAGCAGGGACCACACGGACGUUAUGCCGGCAUAACCUCACUGACAGCAGUGUUGGUUUCUGCAACCAGUGGCCAUUGCUUCUUACUUUGCAGCUGUGGAGUAACAGCAGAGGAGAAAGAUGGCAGAUAGGGAGUAGAUGCAUCACUGAGUGCGAGGGCUACCUUCCUGUAGAGAGUCCUGACACCUUUAGAGUCACAGUAAGGGCAGUAGGGCUCAUCAGUGGUGGACUUUGCUUGGACACGGCCCAGAUGCAGAUGCACCUAUCCUGAUUGGCUGGGAGCUGUAGAGGUCCCAAACAGGAAGCACAAAGUUUGAAGGACAUAUCUUAUAUUUUCACUACAUUUAUCCACCUUUGGUGUAAACCACUGCUGUAUAAGGGGUGCCACACCCCUCAUUUCUAUGCACUUGAGAGCCAUUGGCCAUUGUAGGGUUAGGAUUUACUAUUCUAAGAAGAAAGGUGUUUCCCCAGUGCAUCAGCUAGCUGUAUGAAACAUCGAGAGACAUCUCGAAAGGGAACCACUAGGUACAUCCUGCCUUAUGAACAACUGGUAAAACCAAAUAAUGUAUAGAUUUAGUUACAUACUAGUUUUUAGUUACUAAGCCUCUAGUGUGGACCCAACACAGGUAAAUAGAGUUCUGUUUUACGUCUUAAGCAAAUACACACAAAAUUAUGUCUGAAUGGCUCUUGACGAGUAUUCUCAUAAGUACUGUAUAUGCAUUUCUUAUAUUAAUAAUGUUGAUCAAACAGCAAAAGAGAAAGAGGGGGCAUGACCUAAAGGGUUGAAAACCACUGAUCUACAUGAUAUACUAACAAUUUUUGUCAUUGCUUUGUUUGACAGUGAAAACAUAGCAUAAGGAUGGAACAAACUAUAGCAAUAUUAUAAUAAACCCAAAAGUCAAAUAAAUAAAUAAAAACAGUUAUGCAAGCUUCCAUCUAUUGGUUAUAUGUUUAUAUGUCAUUUUCAUCUUAAGUUGUUUUCCGCUGGGAUUUUUGGUUAAUUUUUAAAGUUAAUUUUACUGCAUAACCGUAGAUAUAUAUCAGUGACAAAAUAAAAAUAUUGCAAUGUCAAUUUUUUCCCAAUGUCAUGCAGCCCUAAUAUUUUCUAAAAGUGCCUGCGUAGGAUCUGUAGUUCAGUGAAAUAACAGAUAUGCAAGUGAAAAGUGAUUAGAAUUGUUAUUUUUGCAAGGCAACGUUGUUCAAUUCACUGUAAUGGGAAGAAAUGAAACGGUUAUUUUAAAAGCUCACACCAUUGCACAUGUAUAACUCCAUUGGCAAGGUUUUGGGGAGCAUUUACUUUAGAGAAGUACUGAAGUGGCUGAAAAUCACAUUUGAGGUUUUAAUUUACAAAAUCACAGAUAAACCAACAGUCAGUUUACCCAGUAAACUGUAAAAAAAAAAAGGUGCCAGAGUCACUGUAUAGCAUGCGUUUGUAUGUUUUACCAACAGUGGCUGAAAUUUAUUUGGUAAAAUGAUUUGUUUUUAACUUUAUUGUUAAGGCAACACUUAUGGUGAUGGUUUGAGGGGGGAUUUCUCAAAGACACUUAAAAUGUUCUUCUUUUCUGUAUCUGAUGUUCUAUGUGCUAUUAGUGUGAUGCAGCCAACAUGAACGGUUGUCUUGUGUUGCACACCCUUUCCAACACUGCGACACGAUCGCCCCAGGGAGAAAAGCGCCCAUGCUUGAUAUCGUAUGGUUCAUGACCAAUAUGUUUCCAGUACAGGAAAAAUCCCUGAAGAAGCAAAGGCACUCUCACUUUUGGCCCCCGCCACCCCAGUGACCAGCCUGAUGAGCGGAGGAGGACUUCUGCCCAUUCCUAGCCCCUCUACACUACAGAAUCGAGGUCUUCCUUUAGCUAAUCUGGGGGUCCUGAAGUCUAGUUUGGACACAUCAGUGGCGGCUCUAAAUGCAAUUGCUUCACAGCCUCCACUCACGGGAAAUGUAGAUCCCUCUAAAAUUGAUGAGAUCAGGAGGACGGUGUAUGUCGGCAAUUUAAAUUCACAGAGCACCACAGCAGAUCAGCUCCUCAAGUUCUUCAAGCAAGUGGGAGAUGUCAGGUUUGUCAGAAUGGCAGGAGAUGAAACCCAACCUACACGUUUUGCUUUUGUGGAGUUUGCUGAUCAGGAAUCGGUGUCACGAGCGCUUACAUUUAACGGAGUUAUGUUUGGCGACAGACCACUAAAGAUUAACCACUCCAAUAAUGCCAUAGUGAAGCCUCCAGAGCUCACACCUCAAGCUGCGGCCAAAGAGCUGGAGGAUGUGAUGAAGAAAGUCAGAGAGGCUCAGUCAACCAUCGCUGCUGCUAUCGAGCCAGAUGAUAAAAUUCAUUCAUCCAGUAGGUCUAGAUGUUCCAGAGGGUCCAGAUCUCACUCUCGCUCGCCAUCACAUUCACAAAGAAAGCGAUCUAGAUCCAGUCACAGGGGCCGCCUGUCCCAGACAUCCCGACAGAGGGUGAAUGACUCCCAGGGCCCCCAUAGGAGACGCUCACAUUCCCGAGAAAGGAAACACAGCCAGAGUCGAUCUCAUUCUAGGGACCAAAGGAAGGACAAGGACACCAAAGCAAGGAAGGACGAUGACUGGGAAGAAAAGAGGCCGCGGGACAAAAAGGGAAGGACGCCUCCCAAAGGAUACAGUGGCUCUAGACGUUCCCACAGUAUAAGCAGAGUCCAUAAGAAAAGAAGCAGAUCUCGAUCCAGGUCACCAAGGCGGAGAGCCAGGUCACCGUCACCAUCUAAAAGAGGCAGGAAAGAUAAAAAGAGGGAUAAAGGAUGGGACAGUAGCAGGGAAAGGACCGAGAGCUCAACAUCCAGGAGGAAAAGCAGGGAUUAUGAACAUAAAGCUAAGACAUCACUGAUGGAGAGGUGCUAUGAGCAGGCGGACUGCGAGUAUGACAGUGACGUGGAUGGCUCGGGCUCCGUGGGUAGUGACAUCAGAUCUCCUCAAACUUACCUCAACGGAAGCUAUAGGAGCACUUACGCCGAGGAGGAUGAUCUCUCUGCAGCCGACUGAUUCACAUGUACCCAGAAUGCCAAGAACACUGAUGUUGUGACUGGAGAGCAUUGCUUCAUGUAUCACACUGUAACAGCCGUCACUCCUUUUGAAGGAGUCAUAUGAUAUUCAUAUGGAUGAAAAUAUAAAGUUUUGGAUAGUUCUUUAUUGUGAUGAGAGAUGCGGUUUAUUGAAUGAAGGUGCUUGUAUUGAGGUCACUUGUUUUGUCAGGUCUGCAUUUUUCUUUUGCAUGUAACUUUGUGUUUAGACUCUAGUGAAAAGAUGUUUCAUGCGAUUUUGUUUCUCUUUUUGGUCUGUCGUACUAAACCAAAGCCAUUAUUAGUGUGAAUCUAAAAAAAAUGUUUUGCAUUUAGCAUUUUUCUUUUGAUGUUUUAGUACAUAUUCCUUAAAACUCUUAUCAUUACUAUAAUGUAAAAAAUUUAUCUGGACAGAAUUAAAA